AUGAAUAAAGAAAAUGAAGUAUUUAAUUUGCCUGAACCAAUUUGCAAAGCUCAUCAAAAUAAGAAGGUAAGAAAAGCUUAAAAAGUAGGCAAAAUAUAAAAUAGUUGGUGUUCCCUACCCUAAACCAAAGUUUAACUUGACUGAUUUAGUUUGUUCUAAAUGUGCUAUUGCACUUGUUAGUUAAGGUUAUAAGGUAAUUUAAUUUUUAGAAUUAGGUUGAUGAUAUUGAGUCAGAUUAAACAUAAGUUAGAUAAGAAUAAAUACAACAGUUUCUGGAAACAAUUUCAUAAACAUUUUUAACAAUAGAUCAAAGUGAAUAAAGUCUUCUGGAAAAAAAGGAAGAUCUGAUUCGAUUUUGUGAGAAAUAAAAGGAUAAAGUACGAGAGCAUUAUCAUAUUAUGACAACCACAUUAGAUCAUAAACUAAAAGAAUAAAUUGACUAUUUGAACGAAUUGUAAGGAAAAGCCUUAACAAUGUUUGAAUAAAAAUAAUAAGAAAUUAAGGAGAACCAUAAUGAAUUAUUAUAGAUGUAUAGCGACAUAGAAGUUAAUCUUGAUAAUAUAAUCCUAUAGAUUGAAUUGUUACCUUACAAAUAGAUUAUGGGUCAAUAUAAUAAGAGAGUGUAAGAUAUUUAAUAGUGUCUUACUAAAAUGGAAACUUAGAAUGUUUAUUUGGGAAGAGUGUAUAAAAAAGCAACAGAUUAAAAAAUACUAGGAGGUUUAUUUGAAGAUAGUGAAUUGGAAAUUAAAAUAGUAUAAACAUCUUUGUUGAAAACAGAAUAAUAAUAGGGUUAGUCUGUAUCAAGAUUGAUGUCCCCUUAAUCAACAUAAGUGACAACACCAACAAAUUAAACUCCUGAUAAGCAAAGAUCAAAUAGUUAACCUAGUAAAUUCUUGGAGAUUUUAAAUAAGGUGAAUGAGAAUCAACUUAAAACUAAUAAUUUCUAUACUUAAUUACUUAGAAGAGAUUCUUCCUUUGAUCUUAGCGAAAAAUAUUGUUCGCCUUCAUUCAAAAAAUGA